AUGGCAGAGUGCUUAGUCCUAGCCGAUGUCCGCGGUGUCGAUACUCAUGGUCUUGCAAGGCUUCCGCAGUACCUUGAUCGCGUUAGCAACGGCCGGGUCAACGCCCGGCCAAGCAUCAAGAUCACCGACAAAACCCCGGUAGUUGCACACCUGGACGGAGAUAACGGCUUUGGCUUCGUCGUCGCAACUCGCGGUAUGGACGAAGCUAUCAAGCGUGCAGAAAUCUAUGGCAUCAGGAUGGUAACGGUCAACCACUCCAAUCGUUUUGGCAUGGCAGUAACAUACGUCCUCCAAGCACUUAAGGCAAAUAUGAUCUCGCUUGUCUUCACCAAUUCCGCCAAACAGAUGUCCCCUUUCGGAGGGAAAGAAACGCUCCUCGGGAUCUCGCUGUUUGCCGCCGGUGCUCCGUCAAACACGGAGGUACCAUAUAUUCUUGACAUGGCGCCCUCUGUUGUUGCUAAGGGAAAGAUCCGACGCGCUGCACGCUGUGGUGAGCCUAUCCCUCCGGGCUGGGCCCUAGAUGCAGAUGGGAACCCGACAACGGGCGUAAAUGUCGCCUUAAAUGGCAGCAUGGUGCUAAUUGGAGGGCCGAAGGGAUCCGGUAUUGCGAUUCUUAUGGACAUUAUGUCGGGUGUUUUGGCAGGCGCCGAGUUUGGCGGACAGGUUGGAGACCAGUAUAAGGAUAUGAAGCCCCAGAAUGUAGGCCACUGCUUUAUUGCUGUCAAGCCCGAUGUGCUGUUUCCUGGGGAGCCCGAGCACCGGUUGGGGUUGCAGAGGCGGGCUGAGGGCAUUCCCUAUGCGGAUGCGGAGAAGACUCUUUUCGCUGAUGCCGCAAAGCAUUAUGGUGUCCCAGAACUACCACUAUCGGAUUGUCCGCUAGCAUUAAGUUGA